UCCAACCAGUCUUAUAGCAACUCUGGAAGUCAUAUACACCUGAAAGCGUGUGUCUGCUCAUCAUCUCAUAAAGUCUCAACAUGGGUCGCCAGAAGAUAUAUUUGGACAAAUUGUCUCGGGCUCUCCAGAUCCAUAACCUGCUGCUCCGUCAGUCCCUGGCAGAGUGCCUUGGCACUCUCAUCCUUGUGAUGUUUGGCUGUGGUGCCGUAGCACAACUGGUACUGAGUGGUGGUUCCCAUGGCAUGUUCCUCACCGUCAAUUUUGCUUUUGGUUUCGCUGCCACCUUAGGCAUCCUUGUCUGUGGCCAGGUAUCAGGUGGUCAUCUGAACCCUGCAGUGACCUUUUCCCUUUGCCUGCUUGGAAGAGAGCGCUGGAGAAAGUUCCCCAUGUACUUCCUCUUUCAGACCAUUGGUGGAUUUUUUGGGGCUGCUAUUAUCUUUGGCAUGUACUAUGAUGCUUUCUGGGAUUUUCCUGGAGCUUUCAAUGUGACUGGACCCGGUGCCACAGCUGGAAUUUUUGCUACCUACCCUGGAAAACAUCUCACCAUUGUCAACGGCUUCUUUGAUCAGAUUAUUGGCACAGCAGCACUGAUAGUUUGUAUUCUAGCUAUUGUGGAUCCAUACAACAACCCCAUUCCCCAAGGGCUAGAGGCAUUCACUGUGGGGUUUGUGGUUCUGGUUAUUGGACUAUCUAUGGGCUUUAACUCUGGCUAUGCCGUCAAUCCUGCCAGAGACUUGGGACCACGUCUUUUCACUGCUCUGGCUGGGUGGGGAAGCGAGGUGUUCACGGCUAGAAACGGCUGGUUUCUGGUGCCUAUCUUUGCCCCGUUCCUUGGCGCCAUCAUUGGAACGAUAAUUUACCAGGUGAUGGUUGGUUUCCAUGUGGAGGGAGAAGCCCGUGAUAACAGAGAAAGAGCGGAAGAGGAGAGUGUCCGACUAACCAAUGUUAAUUCGAACGCCAACUCUAAAGAGGGUACCAAGGAAAUGCACUGAGCCUAGUAGAGAUAUGCAGCUCACCGCUCAAACAAGUCCAUGUAAAUACAGCCACGCUUUACUUUCUGCCACAGCUUUUUUUAAAGCCAUUGUUGUAAUAUCGCUCAUGAUAGUUCUGUUUAAUAAGUGCAUCACUUUUAUUUACAUUUCCAUGUAACUGUAUUAUAUAGAAGAAUGAAUGAUGUAGAAGAAUGAUUGUGUACAGUAUAAGUAGAAAAAACCUAAAAUUGUGAAGCACAGAAUGCAUUCUUUUAAGCAAUUAAUAUUUGGAUUAGUGUAUAGCAGUCCAAUUUAACAGUAUUGUAUGCUUAAUACUAUUUAGAGUGUUAUAGAAUUUUGUAUUGUUAUUGUUUUAUAUUAUUUUUCUGAAUUAACAGAUGCAUUUCUUUGCCAACCAAUUUCUAAAUAAAAUACUAUAAGAGAAAUAAAGAAA